ACCAGCAAAUAAAUAAUCGGGAACUCAAACAUAGCCCAAUCGCAAGUUACUUGUGAAUUGUGUAUAGCAAAAGUGAUAUGUAUAGUUUCAUUUUAUUCUAAUACAAAAGAUCAACAAUUCUCUGAAAAAUGGAAGAUUCUCAGAUACAAAGUUUUUACAAAUCACGAAAUGUCUUUAUCACAGGCGGUACAGGAUUCAUAGGGAAAGUUCUGAUAGAAAAGUUAUUGAGAUCAACCGAAGUAUCGACAAUAUAUCUUCUCGUUAGAGAAAAAAAAGGAAGAACUGUUGACGAAAGAGUUGAUAAAAUGUUUGAUGACGUGAUUUUCAAUGUCCUUAAAAAGGAAUGUCCAAAAUACAAACAUAGGAUAGACGUUAUCUCAGGAGAUUGCACGAUGCCUGAUUUGGGACUGUGCAUGCAAGACAAACAGACUUUGAUGUCGAAAAUCGAUAUAGUAUUUCAUAUAGCAGCAAACGUGAGAUUUAAUGAAUGUUUGAAGCUUGCCUAUAUGAUAAAUGUGAAUGGAACCAAAGAAAUCUUGAAAUUGGCAAGACAAAUGACCAAUCUGAAGUCUCUCAUCUACGUAUCCACUGCAUAUGCAAACUGUCCUUAUGAUGAGAUAGAAGAGAAAGUAUACAACUCGAUUCGAUAUGAUUAUGUGGAAACUUUGAUAGAAAAAAUGGGUGAUGAAGAAGAUGUUGUAUUGACUUCAAGAAUACUUGAGAAUCAUCCGAAUACGUAUACUUUCACCAAAUCAUUAGCAGAGUCGCUGAUCAAAGAUACAGGAGGUGGCCUGCCGAUAGGAAUUUUUAGACCAUCUAUCGUAAUAUCCACCUAUAAAGAACCUCUGGCAGGUUGGAUAGAUAAUUUGUAUGGUCCUAGCGGAAUGAUUGCUGCAGCAUUUUUGGGAGUAGUCAGGGUAAUAUUUUGCGACAGAGAAAAUAUCCCCGACCUUGUACCAGUAGAUAGCUGCGUGGCAGGCCUCAUUGCCACUGCUUGGGACAUUUCCACCAAUGAGUCACUAACUGAAACAUCCAAUCAUCUUCCUGUAUAUAAUUACGUUUCUUCAGUGGAAAAUCCGAUAACGUGGAAUGAAUUCGUAGAACUGAACAUGAUCAGUUUGAAGUCAUUUCCAUCAUCGAACUCACUUUGGGACACUUUCGUCAUAAUGACUCCUAAUGUUUACUGGAAUAAAGUUCUACAAAUUUUCUAUCACACUCUACCUGGACUCCUCAUAGACUUCGUAACCAUAUUGAGUGGAAAAAGACCUAGAAUGAUGCGGCUAUAUAAAACCACAAAAAAAUCCUCAGAUGCCAUCUCUUACUUCGCCACAAGGAGUUGGAAGUUCUCGAACGACAAUAUUCGCAAUUUGUGGCAGAAAAUGAAUCGAACAGAUCAGAAACUCUUUCCUCUCAGCAUAACAACAGUGCACUGGCUCAUUUAUUUCAGAAGUUACCUGAGAGGAAUCAGGUUAUACUUACUGAGGGAGCCUGAAGACACUUUGGAAGCUGCCAGACGGAGAUAUGUGAGGAUGAGAAGAUGUAAUACGGCACUCAAAUGGUUUUUGAUUUAUAUCAUCUAUGAAUUCGCUUUAAAAUUACUUUCUUAUUUUCAUAGUUAUAUGUUCUGACUUUGAAUGGGAUGUUUGCCUAGAUUCUUAGAACUGUAUAACAUUUUAGAGGCGAGGUAUAUUUUUGGUUUGAAGGCAUUCAAUGUUUUUUCCUGUUAACUCAUUAAAAAAUCACAGUUGAAAAAAUUUAUUUCAUUAAGUGGUUGUAAAUGUGUAAAAAUUUUUUUAGAAAGUCAUUGUUUUUUUUUCUUUUUUUGGUAUCUAACCUACUACAAUCUGAGGAAAGUUACUGCGUAAUAUAUAUCACUGAAAAGUCCAAUUAAUGGGUAAUUUUUGGUUAUUAACAAGAUUUGUGUAAAAAUUGAAUAAUUUGUGGAAAAAAAAAUUAUUUGAA